AUGUUGUUAAAGAAAGAAAAGGUGCUGAAGCUGGUUGGUUAUUCAGAUAGCGGUUGGGCUGGUUGUAUUAAUGAUAUGAAAAGCACAUCGGGGUACUUUUUCACCCUUGGCUCGACUGUGUUUUGCUGGAGUUCAAAGAAGCAACAAACUGUUGCUCAAUCCACUGCAGAGGCAAAAUACAUAGCAGCAGCAGUAGCAGUGAAUCAAGCCAUUUGGCUCAGAAAGUUACUGCAUGAUCUGAAUGAGAACCAUUGUGAUCCUACUAAGAUCAUGGUUGACAAUCAGUCGGCUGUUGCCAUAGCCAAGAAUCCAGUUUUUCAUGGCAAAAUCAAGCACUUUAAGAUAAAGUUCCACUUUGUUAGAGAAGCUGAGCAAUCUAAAGAAGUCAGCUUAGUGCAUUGUUGUUCACAAGACCAAUUGGCUGAUAUCUUGACUAAGCCACUUGGUACAGCAAGUCACGAGGAUACUUGCAUUUGCAUUCAGGUUGCGUUGAAAACCUUGAUCGUUAUACACCGUAUAUUAAAACAUGACCCUUCAUUUCACCAAGACUUCUUUAAUUUUGGGCGGGACAGAGGUCUCCUGCUGAACUUAACACAUCUCAGAGAUGAUUCAAGUCCAGAAACAUGGAAUUAUUCUGUUUGGAUUCGUGGAUAUGCUUUAUAUCUGGAAGAGCGUGUAGAAUGCUUCAAUGCAUUGAAAUAUGAUGUUGAUAAAGAUCAAUCGAGAAGCAGAAGGCUCAACACCCCGGAUCUGCUAGAUCAGCUACCUGUCUUGCAAGAGCUUCUCCAUCACCUUCUUAACUGCAAGCUGUACGUUGCUAUUACUGAUGGAAUUCUAAAUCUGAUUGACAAGUACUUUGAGAUGCAGCACCACCAUGCUGUUAGGGCACUAGAGAUUUAUCGCAAGGCAGGAGAACAGGUGUCGCAGUUAUCUGAGGUCUUUGAGAUUUGCAGGGUCCUUCACUAUGGGCAAGGGCAAAAGUACCUUAAGAUUAAACCAAUAACAAAAGAUGAAGGUGCUGCUCCCACAGAAACCCCUGCUCCAGUAUCUGACUUGCUGACAGAUGAUGUUCAAGAAAAAUCUGUUACAUCUUCGGAUAAAACCCAGAGUGAAUCAAGGCAGGCUGUUGGGAAGCUAGACAUUGCUGAUCUUAUAUGCUUUGACGAACCAAGUGAGGAAGGAACUGAACUGAAUGAGAAUAAUCCCCUUGCUCUAGCAAUUGUUAAAUCUGAGAAUCCUCCCAAUGCUGAAAAUGUUGGCAGCUCAGCACCUGCAUUUACAGGUUGGGAGCUUGGACUUUGUGAUGCACCAGUCUCCAAUGGAGCUGCCGUUGCUGAUAAUAAAAUGACUGGCAGCACGAACACAUUAACACCACACAGUUUAUCAACAACAAAUCAACAAAUGGCCUACAACUUCGGUCAGGUGUCGGCCAACCCUUUUGAUGAUUACAACAGCGAGGGUCCCUUUUAUGGAAGCAGUUGUAUCCCACCCGAAGCUAAUGUGCAAACGGCAGCCAUGCCUCAACAGCUACCAUACAUCAUGCCACAGCAGCCUCCUAUGACCAUGGUUGCUUACCAUUCAAUCAGCCCUUCUGCUGUGGCAAAUUACAACCAGAUUCCCACAUUUUAUGGAGGCAGUAAUUUAACACUCUCAACUGAUAUGAAAAAGGCAGUCAUAGCUCCACCACAAACUGAGCUAAAGCAACAGCCUACAUUGGCCAUGGUUGGCUACAAUUCAACCAAACCUUCUAGGAAUCCCUUUGAUAUGUGA